AUGGAGAAAGAAAGCUUUGCUCGAUUCCUAGACGCAUCUUGGCAGGCCUUUCGGAGUCAGGUGCUGGAGGCAUAUGAAGCCGGCAAAACCGACAAGUUGCCAGACCUGCAAAAGAAGGUUGCUGAGCUAGAGCUUCAGCUGGGGCUUGCACGGAAGCAAGCUGACUCCGAACCCCAACCUGAGGGUAGCUCUUCUGUUGAGACUCGACUUCUUGGCUCUCGAGAGACUCGAGAGUCACGAGAACGACAAGUAAUGUCCACCUUCUCAGAGGGGCUUUUGCCGCCGCUGGCGACGACAGGCUCAGGUGAAGUAACUCCACGGUCUACAGUGGAGUUCAACAUUUCCAAGGUCAACAAUGCGAACGCAGGCAGCCGCGCAGCCAGCGACGCGAGCCCCAGCCAUUCCGCCAGCGAAGCCAGCCGUGCCGCCAGCGACGCCAGCGAGCGCCGCGCGCCGAACAUCGACACGAGCAUCAGUGCAAUGACAUCCAUGUCCAUGGAAGAUAUGGCGACCGGCCCACAGUCACCGCAAUUCACGGCGCCGUUCCUGGGAGCUGGGCUGAAAGGUUUGAGUGCCGAAGAAGCACGUGCUGUCCGGCACCGUCUUCGCGUCCGCCUAGGAUUAAUCUCGUCGCAGACGUUAGUCACUGGGAAGGCGCUGCACGACGCUGUGAUGGCCCUUGGGCUUACUCGCUAUUCGCUCGAAGACUGCAACGAGACGGUGAACCUGAUCUCUGAUUUCAUUGAACUAACCUUCGAGGAGACCGAAGAAAGCAAAAACUUCAAGCGCUUUAGCAACACCUCCCAGCUUCGUGAACCACCGGGGCGAAACUUGUUCAGCCUUCAUGAGGACCUUGCCGGAAAGUAUGGUCUUCCAAUCUGGCAUUGGCCAAAAGUCCGCUUUCGAGAGUCUGGGACAUUGCAUCGGGCUGCCUCCAUGCAGACCUUCUUGGAAAAGCAGGCAAUUCGAAACGACAAUGUGGUGCCAGCAGCUGCGCUUCAAGAGCUUUUCUUCGCUCAGGAGUGGGAAGUUCAUCGACAGAUCUUCGAGAAUGGGCGAUUGCUUAAACAGUUCAAAGCCAUGAAAGAGAUUCUUCUGGCUGGAGAUACGAAUCGGCUAGUGGCGGAGUUGACGUUUGUUCGCAUCAAUGACCUGGCUGCUCCUCCUGAGCCGAUGCAUCCCUUGAUCUACAUCGAGCCCUUUGUUGCAAUGUUGAUCAUUGCCAAUGGCAUUAUGAUUGGUAUUCAGACUCAUGAUGUUGUGGCAGACUGGAGUGGAUGGGCCUACAUGGAAAUGACCUUUGCUGGCUUCCUGAUCUUGGAGAUUGGUUUGCGGAUGCAUCUCCUGCAAUGCAAGAGAUUCUUUUGUGGGCCAGAGAGAUUUUGGAAUUAUUUCGACAUAGUGCUGGCCACCACUGGCGUUGUCGACAUUGUGGCACAAGCCACCCAUUUGUCAGAGUCAGAUAUUUUUGGCACAUCCCUCCUCCGGUUUUGCCGAUUGAUACGCUUGGUACGGAUCGUUAAAGUUUUUAGACUGAAAUUCAUGAGAGAUUUACGGUUGAUGGUGAAGGGCUUGGUUGCUGGAAUUCGUACGUUGGCAUUGGCCUUUUCAUUGCUUUUUUGCGUGCUCUACGUGAUUUCAGGCUUCGCGACCAUGACCCUUGGGACCUACGAAACAACAAAAGACAUGGGCUUGGACAAGUACUUCGAAACGCUUCCAAUCACCAUGUUUACAUGUUUCAGGUGCUUCUCUACAGGAGAGUGUACUGAUGAAGAUGGGGAGCCCUUGCCCCAAAAGUUAGCAGAAAAGUAUGGUGUGAUAUUCGUUCUGAGCUAUGUGGCCAGCUACAUGCUCGUUGCAAUGGGGAUCCACAACGUGAUCCUUGCAGUUUAUGUUGAGAUAACCAUGAAGGCGGCGAAAGAAAAUGAAGCUGUCACUGCAGAGCAAUGGGCACGCGAAUCCAUUCGCAUAGCAAGAGUCACGCGGGAGCUCUUGAAGCGCUUUGCGUCAGCAUAUCGCCUCUUCCAUGACCUGGAUGAUCUAAGAUCGAACCUCUCAGGUUUAGACAUAAGUCCUGAAGGAGCACUAUUUACUGAUGAUGAUGUGCAUGAAGGGAUCGCGAUCACCAAAGAUUUGUUCCUCCUGGUCAUUCAGGACCGAGGAGUGCAACUCCUGAUGGAUGAUUUGGAUCUUCCUCCAGAUCGAGCGAAUCUCUUCGAGAUCAUUGAUGCAGACGGCAGCGGCACGCUUCAAAUCGCCGAGUUGGUUCAGGGCCUGCUAAAGAUCCGUGGUGAGAUCAACAAGAGUGAUGCAGUGGCUGCUCUCCUGGUCUCACAGUCUGUGCAGAACUUGGUGGUGGAGAUGAAAACGGAGUUUUCGCAAACUCUUGCUGAGCUCAAAGAGGCCGGCAACCGUAACCUGCUCACGCUUUGGACGCAUAUUGAACGUUUGUCCUCAUCGCCCGGGACCUGCGCAGAGUUGCCUCCGUGCCUGGGAUUCUGUGCAGCGCUGCCGGAGCAUCGCGACUGGGAGAAUCUCAGGAAGGAUCAGUUGCCCUCAGCCUUGUUGCAGCUGUUGAAGACUGGCUUCACGCACUGCUCAUCCAAAGUUCUCGAGUUCUUCCCGGCCGACCAGGGCGGAGGGAAGAUGCUGCUGGAACUGCAGGAUGGGCAACGUAUUGAGACAGUGCUUAUUGAGCACGCUGGACCGAAGCCCAGAUCCACAGUUUGUGUUUCCAGUCAAAUUGGCUGCAAGAUGGGAUGCAGCUUUUGUGCUACAGGCACCAUGGGCCUACGCGGUCAACUCAGUGCCGGGGAGAUUCUGGAACAGCUGUUCCAUGCAAAGCGCUUUGCUCGCAGCGAAGCACCUGUGCGAAAUGUCGGAAGCUUUGACAGGAGCUGAAGAUCUCAAAUUAUAUUCCAGUAUGUAUGUCGCAGUUGAGAAAUGUCGAGUUCAUUGUUCAUAGUCGUUUACUAGUUCGAUAUGACAAUGUAUGACAGUUUAAGUUUCCCUGAACAUCGUGCGAGCGCUUCUUCAAGUUGAAGAAGCGUGAGCUAUCCUGCAU